CCCAAAUAUAUUUAAUAAAAAGUUCAAAUCACAAUAACUCUACACCAGAGUUUCAAACUAAUACUAAUAAAAUAACCAAACCCAACAUUCAAAAUUUACACAAAAAGAAGCAUCCCAGCUUCUACCACUCUGAACACUCUCACUCACUCUGUACCAGAAGGUCUUGAGAUCUUCACCUAUGAACCUACCUCCUACUUUCUUACUAUUUCCCUUCUUCUUCCUAUAAAUUCCCUCACUUUCUAGUACUCUCUCUGUCCCUGUAAUUUCUGUUAAUUUUGUAUGUGCAGGUGAAGUAAAUGCUUCACUGACUCUCUUUCAAAGUAUUAUUGUCACUCCAAUAUCAUUUUCAUUUCUGCUCAUUAGGAAUUUCAAUUUCAAAGCAGAAUUAAUGGCUUCAAUCGCUGGUUCUAGUAAUCAAAAGAUAUUACAGAAAGCAUUAAUCAUUGAUCGAAGGCCAUUGAUGCUCAAAGAUUACCUUUUAGAUGAUCUCAGCUCGUGUUCAUCUAGCGGCUUCAAAUCGUUUCCGCGGCGACAAUGCUGCACUACCGUACGAUUUCUUCUCGAAAUGGAUCUCAAAUCGAGAAAUUCAAACAAGAACAAACCGGUACUGCUCAAAAGAAGUCGAUCGAGAGCGGCGGCUGCAACGACGGUCUCUGUUCUGCAUAGAGCUUCGGAGGCGGUGGCCAAGGCCGUCAAGCUGCUACCGCUUCCUGGAAUUAGGUCUACCACUCCGCCUUCACCGUCCUUACAAAUUAAGAGAAAGAAAGGACUCCUUCCCCGAAGUUUGUCGAGGAGGCUGUGGAAGAGAAGUUUCUGUAGGAAAUCCGACAAUGAAGGACGCAAGAAGGUCCAGAAGUUGAAAUCGUUUCGUGAGUUCCUCGAAGAAAAAGGAAAUCAGUCGGACGAUAAAAGCAAUCACCUCAAAUCCACCUCCUCCUUCAUCAGCACCGUAACCACGGCGACGACGGUAACUAGUAGCCGGAAUUCAACAAGUAGAAGCAGUGACAGUAACAAUAAUAGCUGGAGCGAGAGUGACUUCACCAGCAAUAGUGAAAAAUCGGAGAUAAGAAUCCAACAAAACGACGCCGUGGCAGGUAAGAAAGAUUUACCAGAACAGAUCAGCAACGGAGUAGGCGUAACAGUCGGUGAGGAUUCCAUACAAUUACAGGAGUGGCCGAAGGAGGAGAAGGAGCAAUUCAGUCCAGUGUCGGUGUUGGAUUGUCCAUUUCAAGAUGAUGAAGACAUUACCUCUCCUUUCCACUCUAGUCUUGCCCGCAUGGAAGGAAGAAAACAGAAGCUCAUUCAAAAGAUCCGACGAUUUGAAAGUCUAGCUCAAUUGGAGCCAGUGGAUUUGGCAAAACGAAUUGCGUUAUCAGAGAUGAAUGAUCCUGAAUCACUCAAAUCCCCUGCGCCCCCUUCUACCAACUACGACGAGGAGGAGAAAGCUGAUGAGCUAGUUAAGCUAGUCAAAUCAAGAAUUCCAUCAAGUACCCUCCUUACAUCUAGAAAGGUAGAUAAUGUGUUGUUAGACUACUUUCAAGAAAACAUAGGGGAAAAUAAAACUCAAGGUAAGGACAUUCAGGAUGAAUUAUUAUUGAAGGAAGCGGCGGAUUGGGUGAAUGGACAGCAAGAAUUGUUUUUGGGAUGGGAAGUGAAGGAUGGUAGGAAAUUGUAUCUGAAAGAUAUGGAGAAGAAUGGACAGUGGAGAAAUUUGGAGGAAGAAAACCAAGAGGUGGGUUUAGAGCUGGAGCAAGAGAUUUUUACAAAUUUGGUGAUUGAGUUGUUUGAUAGUUAGCUUAAAUAUUAUAACUUUCAUAAUUAUUUGUUAGAAAUAUUUGGACAAAUGUUAGGGUUGUUUUGGUCAUUUUGACGCAGGCAAAGACAUUUUGCCUAGAAUGACUAAAUCCACCUGCCCUAGACUUGAGAAUUGCGUUGUAGUUCUGUAAUCUUCUUACUUUAGCUGAAUGAAAAGAUGAGGAAAUCUUGGGAGUG